UAAAUACGUACAGAAUUCGAAUGAGGCAAGACAAUCGUCGUAAACGCUUUUAUGAAAAAAACGAACGCGCUCCGAGCUCAAAAAACUAUAGUGACUUGGCACAUUUUAAUUAGAACACACAUAUUCUGGCUUAUAGUAUGUGUAUGUCUCUUCUCGCGUCUCUCUUGUGUCGCAUCAUCGCAUCCAACCAGCUAAAUAAACUACCCGCCAUCGUCGCUCCGUUCAAAAUACCAUAUGAUGAAACAUAUGUGAAAUGAUUUAAUUCAUUUUCUUGAUGAGUUAAUUGUACCUAUAUGUACGUAUACGUACCAUUUUUUGUUUUUGUCACCUUUCGCUCUCGACAUAAAUACCUGUUCAAUUUUUCUAAAUAAUACUGAUGAGUCGUGAGGUGCGCGUGUAUCGUUCGCGCAUCUUGUACUAACUCGAGCUUAUGCCACAAUUUUUGAAUAUCUUGUUGCAAAAAAGUGAUCCGAAUUUGAGCUGGGGUUUCGAUAUAGUCGGUGGACGCGAAUAUGGAUUACCUUUAACUAUAUGCCAGGUAUCAAGCAACUCAUUCAGUUCGCAGUAUUUAUCAAACGGAGAUGAAAUCGUGCAAAUCGAAGGCAUAGAUGCUUCUCUAUUUACUGGAACCGAAGCAUUACAUUUCAUCAGAAAACCUAGCAAAAGUUUAGACUUGGUUAUCUUCAAACGUUCCAAAGAUGACACCCUCAAUCAAACCGACUCGAGAAACUCUCUAUAUCGAAAACAAACCGCAGCCGGAUCCGAAAAACACACUACCAUUUUAUCGAACGCAUCUGCCGAGAGAAUCGCCCGACGUAAGGUGAAUUCUGAGAAAAGGAAGAACUACAAACGAAGUAGUUCGGUUCCAUCGAAAUACUCAUCUUGUGGCCCACCUACCUAUCAACUUCACUACACCGUUCCUGACGUGGAUACGAACCAAAACCAAAGAGUAAACUCGAUUCGAAACCGGUCAGAAUCGCCUCCUUUUUGGAGGAAUACUCAGAACAAUGCGAUCAGAAACGAAAACAAGAAUAUGCGAAGUUCAUCCAGAGUAUUCUGGAGGCAAAUGGAAAGUGGCAGCAGCGGUAUCACGGACACCGAAUGCGAUAAAGAGGUGGCUCAGUACUGCAGAAGUCGUAGAGAUAGAUGGAAAGCUACUCGUAGAAGUGAUUCGAUCGAGUCUUCGGAGUCGUUCGAGAAUACCACUCGUACUACCUAUAAGGAAACUAGUCAAGAACAAAGGUCCAGGGUUCCACCGGUGCAAUUUCAGUAUUGCGAACCUCGAAGGAAACAGAAACAGCAACAGCAAACGGAUGAUUUUAUGGAUGUGAAUUGUGAUAAAGAGGUGGCUCAGUUCAGCAGGAGUCGUCGAGAUCGAUGGAAAGCCAGGAGUAAUUCGAUCGAUUCUUCGGUAUCUUUAGAGAGCACAUCGAUGACUACUACUCGAACCGAGUCCUAUACCAAGAGUAAUGAGGAAUAUAGGUACAAGAUACCCGUGCAUUUUGAUUACUACGAGCAUCGAGAACAGCGUCAGAAAAGGGUCAAUUUUGAAGACGAACAGCUGCACAGACAACGUGAUCAGAAAAAUGUUUCCAAGGUGUACCUAUCGCCUUAUGAUUUGAAGAUGCAUAAGGGUAUUAUCCAGAGUUUACAACCACUUAGAAUGGGCAAAAGACGACAAAUGAGUCAAACAACGGAAAAUAGCCCUACGGCGCAGGCAUCGUGCGAAAGUACUCCUGCUGCGGUUCCUAAUUGCAAUAAUGUUGCCGCACCGCCGGCUCCUCCGGCCCCCGCACCUCCUCCUCCGCCACCUCCCACGAUGAAUGGCACAAUUCCAACGAUAAGGCUAAAGUCUGAAAUCUCAGAUCGUUGCGAGCCACCGGCCAAGAUCCAAAACGCAAUGAUGAAAGACAAGAAGCCAUUCACGUAUACACCUGGUGGUAUCGACUUAUCGGAGAUCAAGAGUCCUCGAAUGCAGCGCAGAAUCGUGAAAAAUGCCCAAACACCGGAUGAUAUAAUUUUACCCACACCUCCACCGACUGUUCACCCGAGUACCCUGCCCCCUUCUGCGAUCGCCGCCAUGACACCUCAAAUAGCCAUACCUGUAUUUCCGCAGAACGGUUUGCCGAAGAAACCAUCGCAAAACCUGCAAUCUCAUCACAAUCAAUCGCCUCAAAAACAACCGAUUGCGCCUUCGCCCCCUCCACCGCCUCAGCCUCAACCUCAAGUCCAGAAACAAACCAUGACACCUCCUCCACCGCCACAGAGGAGAUCGGUAAGCCCAACUCCUAUGCAGCAACAUCAACCCACCAGAACGAUUGUAGUGACUAAUUCGUCCCCAUCGAGUCCUCCUCAUCAACAACAACAACAGCAACAGCAGCAACAUAAUCAACAACCAGUCCGAACCAUCGUAAUAAAUAAUUCGCAACCGAGCCCAACUCCUCAGAAUCCAGCCAGCAGAACCAUAAUAGUGAAUUCACCAUCGAGUCCAACACCUCAGCAACAGCAGCAACAACAACAACAACAAUCUCAGCCAACUAGGACCAUCGUGAUUACAAACUCGCAACAGGAUAAACCAAAGGAUCAGCCUAGGGCUCAAGUCGGUUCGAUUUAUAUACCUCCGGUUACUACUGAACCUGCUCAAAAUACGAGUAGCAAACCAUCGUUUCCUGUUCUACGUGAAGCUCCUACACCUUGGCUGCAGAAAAAUCAACAGUCUCAGGAAGGUCCGGCUCCUGCUUGGGUUAAUAGAAAUAGAAAUAAUGCGGAGAACGAACAAAAAGAAGUUAUUUAUGAAAGGAAACCUCGUGUACAGCAAGUUCAGACUGAAAAGGAAUUCUCAGACUCUGACAAACCAGUAUCUGGUACACGUGUAAUACCUAUUCAAAUAGAAGGCAGCAAUCAGACAUUUAACCAACCUAAUCCUAAACCAAAUUCUCAAAGGUGGGGUACACCUGUGAAUAAUCAAAAUGCACCAUCGAAUCAAAAUAAUGUCAAUCGAGGUAAUGUUAUCGUUAAUUCUAAUAAAUCCUUCAACGAACCGGAUUCGAAACCGAUUCAAAGUCGUUCCUUCAAAGUUAUUCAGAGGAUUACUGGAUCUGAAGAUGACACUGUAGACUACAACUCCGAUGUUCCAUACAACACUGAAAACGUACCACUAAGUCAGCUAAGAAGAUUACAUUUAUGCGAUGACGAUCAAGCGUUCAUGAACAAAGUGAAAUCCCAAGCCAAUGGUCUUAAAGGAGGAUCUGUUUCAAUAAUCGAAAUAAAAAAUGACGAUUUUGAUGUCGAUGAAGAUGUAUUUUUGCAUUCGGAAACUGAUCCCCGAUAUCGAGGCUCCGCUAUACCGUCUAAGGCUUUUAGAAAACUACAAAAUAUGACAGAUUCUGGUCAAGUUAUACCUAUAACUAUCGAAGUACAAUCCCAAGAAAGAGCACGACCCACGCCGACCCCUGUAAAAGAUACGAACGAAGAACCGCAAAAAAAAUAUAUUCCGCCCUCCGAACGACAAGCUGAACAAGAUUUACGAAAAUAUAUGGGAAGCUCUAUACCAUCCCGUUCGUUCAGAAUGUUACAAGCUAUGACAUCAACACAGCAGAACACUCAACACACGAAACGUAUCGAUAAUAUCGAUGAAGACGCGCGCUUCCUUUAUCCUAAUCCUUGGCCCGAUCCUCCUAAAAAUGUCGACGAAAUUGGUCCUUUUUGGUCAGACUAUAUGUACUUGUUUAAUCUACUCUUGGAACAUUUACCUUGUCAAAUGUGCUCGGAUGACUCAUGCAAUGAGUAUCCCAACCCCAAGUCUGAUUAUGAGGACUUGAACGUUUCUGAUUUUCAUCACGAUGAAUACUCAGAAAACGAAUCAAUGGUACAUCGUUUGAUAUCAAAUGAGCCAGUCAAAGAAGAACUUAUCAUUGAUGAAGUCAUCAAGGAUGAUUCUGAUCACGAAGUGUCCCUCACAGUUUGCAUACCACUGAGAAGAAAGUCUAAAUCAGUCGAGUAUUAUGAAGAAGUCACCAUCAAAGAUCAUAGUGAGACUACUAAAGAUGAUCCAACUCCCAUUAGCAAACCUCCAAUUGCAGAAUUAGAGUCUUCAGAACAUCCAGAAUUUCCUAUUAACUCGAUGGAAGCAGAUACAAAGCAUUUAGAAUCUUGUGAUGUAGAAUCCUCAAGUUCAAGUGAUACAGAACAUUCCGAAUCAUCAUCAGUUGACUUCUGGAAAGAGAUAACUACAGAUGAAGAUAUGUAUUUUAAAUCAAGACCGGUAACUCCUGCUGCAGAAACACGUCCUUCAUUUUCUGCCUGUGAAGAUACUGCUACAGAUGAUGAUGGAUACUUCAAGCCAAGGUCAAUGAACUCAGGUUUGGGAAGUCAUUGGGAAUCUGGUAUGUGUGAUGAAGGGGCCUUCAAUGAUGAAGGUAAGAGUCAAUCAAAGCCAGAAACAUUUGAUUUUGAUGGAUAUGCAGGAUCUUGUGUAAACAAUGAUGAAGAUAAGUUCCACUUGAAGCCAAAAACACCUGGCUUUGAUGUAUAUCAAGGAUCUCCUAUCUGUGAUGAAUUAACAACUAACCAAAAUAAUCCAGAACUGGCAGAAGUAACUACUGCAGGUUUUUUGGAGUCUACAACAGAUGUAGACAUACCAAAAACUCCUGGUUUUGGAAGAUCAGAGUCACCUCCUUGGUAUGAGGGAAUUACUGAUGAAGAUGGAUACAGUAGACCAAAACCAAAGACCUCAGGAUCUCCUCCUAUCUGUGAUAAAUUAACCACUAUUCAAGAUAUGCAUUUUAAUUCUGUUCCAUCAGAAUCUGACUCAGAAGAUGACAUGGAAUGUGAUACCUGUGAUGAGUUGGCCACUGCAGAAGAUGGAUGUUUUACGUCAAGACCAAAGACUCCUGGUUUUGGAAGACAUUUGGAAUCUCCUGAUUGGGAUGGCACCAACAUCGAUGAAGAUGGAUGUUUAAAAUCUUCAUCAAUAGCAGAUCCUGAUCCAAUUAGACAUCAGGAAGUAUCCAAUUCCAACAAAGUUACAGAUCCAGCUUUCAGACCAAAGACUCCUGGUUUUGGAAGACAUUCAGAAUCUCCUGACUGGGAUGAUCCAAACACCAAUGAAGAUGGAUAUUUGAAAUCUUCAUCAAUGGCUCAUCCUGAUCCAAUUACAAAUAAGGAAGUAUCCAAUUCCAAAGAAGUUACAGCCCCAACAUCCAGACCAAAGACACCUGGUGUAGGAAAACAUCCAGAAUCAUCAUCCCACCAUCAAUCUGAUGACACUUCUGCAAAACCAACGAGUCAAGACACCUGGGAACUAGGUCAGGAUAUCAAAAACUACUGCCCUUACACAACAAUGGACUCAGAAAGCAGCAGCACCUCUGGUAGCUCUGCAGAUGAUCUUGAUGAACCAUUUGAGAACUCUUCCAGUACAUCAAGCAGUGAUGAAAAUGACUCUUACAACGUUUAUGAGUUUUCUUCAAACAUACCAACUGUUCUGCCUCCUGAACCACCUGCAGAUCCUAUCCCAGAUACCCUUCCACUUGAACAAGACCCCAUUAAUGAGCAUAACGAUGAGGACUCUGGUCUAUCUGAAGCAGGAAAAUGUACACCAGAAACUGAAACACUGGGAAGUGAGCUACGUAAAUUAACAAAAUACCAAAGAGCCAAUACACAUUCCAGACUUUUACGCAUUUUACAAGAAGAAGAAGAUAAACGAACUGGUAAAUCAGAACUAACCGUUCGUAAAGAAUCGCUUACGUUGCCUUUAACAGCAAAUUCAUGGUUGACAGAAAGCGUAUCGUCAUCUUCGGGCAUUAAUUCACCCCUGUCACCUGUCAUAAAUGAAAAACUGGUCAACGAAUUGGUGCAAAGUUUGGUGAACAGUAAAGGUCUCGGUUACUAUAAACUUCCAGCCGAGAAACUGCGAGAAGCGGCUAUUAAAAGUUUAUACGAAAGUUGCUCGGAUACCAGUCGAGCAUGCAGUCCUUACAAUUGUUCUACUGACAAAAGCAAACACACCAGUCAAGAUGCUGAUAUUAGUCAAACCGACUGCUACGAAUCGUACGACGAGAACUCCGUUUAUUAUCCCGGUUUCGAUAUAUUUCCUUCCCGAGCAUUCAAAAACCUCCAGUCUGGUCGUAGCACUCCGAUGAACUGGCCAAAAUGUCCUUUACUCUCAACCCAGCCCCCUGAUUCACCUACUCCUAAUAAAUUAAAUAGCACGCAAGACGCAAACCAAGAUAGAUAGUCUAUAAAAACGAAGACCGUGCUAAAUCCACAUGUAACCGCGCGAUGACAAAAUUAUUACCUACAUAAUUUUUUACUCGUAUUCAAGAGUAUUAUAGAGAGGUGCUGCGGAUGAAUCGGAUUUUUGAUACGUGUUGUGUGUUAGAAAACGAAAAAGAACUGUACAAUUGAUUUUUAAUUAUUUAUCUUUUUAAUGCAUCGAUUCAUUUAAAUGUUUAACAUUGUACAUUUUAAUCAAAUAAAAUAUUAAUCUAA